CACACAAGCUUGAACCAUGAUUGCCGCCGCUUUCUUAGUUUUGCUGAGACCUUACAGCAUCCAAUGUGCCCUCUUCUUGCUGCUUCUCCUGCUGGGGACCGUCGCCACAAUUUUAUUCUUCUGCUGCUGGCACCGUAAGCUCCAGAAAGGCAGGCAUCCGAUCAAAUCCGUCUUUUCAGGGCGCUCCAGGAGCCGAGAUGCUGUAAUGAGAACCCAUCACUUUCGUUCCGAGGGAUUUAGACCGAGUCCGCGCCAUAUUAGAAGACGUGUCGUACCUCGACUUGAAGAAACACAGCCCCUAGUAGAAGCCCAUCAACUGAGUGAGCAAGAAACAUCCGUAAAGAAAAGAAAAAUCAAGAAGAGCAGCAGAGUCCAACCUGAGUUCUAUCAUUCUGUUCAAGUCACACCAACUCGAAAACCAAGCUCGGGCAACGCUUCCUACAGAUGCUCCAUGUCAUCCUCUGCGGAUUUUUCCGACGAUGAUGAUUUCAGCCAGAAAUCUGGUUCCUUGUCUCCUGCUCCAGGUGACACUCUGCCCUGGAACCUACCUAAACAUGAGAGAUCCAAGAGGAAGAUUCAAGGAGGAUCAGUGCUGGAUCCAGCUGAGAGAGCUGUGCUCAGGAUAGCCGAUGAGCGGGACAAAGUACAAAAGAAAACAUUCACAAAAUGGAUAAACCAGCAUCUUAUGAAGGUUCGCAAGCAUGUGAAUGAUCUGUAUGAAGACCUGAGAGAUGGACAUAACUUGAUUUCACUGUUAGAAGUUCUUUCAGGAGACACCUUGCCAAGGGAGCGAGAUUUUUUGAAGACCUUACGGUUGGUGAGUUCAACAGACGCAUGCCCGUUUGAACAGCAUGAGGAUGAGGAGGAUGAGGAUAAGGGGCCUAGAGAGAAAGGUCGGAUGCGGUUUCACAGACUACAGAAUGUACAAAUUGCACUUGAUUAUUUGAAAAGACGGCAGGUGAAAUUGGUGAACAUUAGAAAUGAUGACAUAACGGAUGGGAAUCCCAAAUUGACUUUGGGAUUAAUAUGGACCAUAAUUUUGCACUUUCAGAUUUCUGACAUCCAUGUUACUGGAGAGUCAGAGGAUAUGUCUGCGAAAGAGAGAUUGCUCCUGUGGACACAGCAGACAACUGAGGGUUAUGCUGGAAUUCGUUGUGAAAAUUUCACUACCUGCUGGCGAGAUGGGAGAUUAUUUAAUGCCAUCAUUCAUAAAUACAGGCCGGACCUGAUAGACAUGAAUACCGUUGCUGUUCAAAGCAACCUUGCAAAUUUAGAGCAUGCUUUUUUUGUAGCAGAAAAACUUGGUGUUGCCAGACUUCUGGAUCCCGAAGAUGUUGACGUCUCCUCGCCUGAUGAGAAGUCAGUAAUCACUUAUGUAUCAUCACUUUAUGAUGCAUUUCCCAAAGUACCUGAAGGUGGUGAAGGCAUCAGUGCACAUGAUGUUGAAGUCAAAUGGGUUGAAUACCAGAAUAUGGUGAACUACCUCAUCCAGUGGAUCAGGCACCAUGCCACAAUAAUGGCUGACAGAGCGUUUCCAAACAAUCCUGUGGAACUCAAGGCACUUUAUAACCAGUAUUUACAAUUUAAAGAAACAGAAAUUCCACCAAAGGAGAUAGAUAAAUCGAAAAUCAAACACCUAUAUAAAUUACUGGAGGUUUGGAUAGAAUUUGGGCGUAUCAAGCUUCCUCAAGGCUACCACCCAAAUGACAUCGAAAAAGAAUGGGGGAAGCUGAUUAUAGCUAUGUUGGAAAGAGAGAAAACACUUCGACCAGAAGUUGAAAGGUUAGAAAUGCUGCAGCAGAUUGCAAACAGGGUUCAGCGAGACAGCCUGAGCUGUGAAGACAAACUAAUGCUUGCUCGAAAUGCUGUGCAAUCAGAUGGAAAGCGAUUGGAAUCAGGUUUGCAGUUCCAGAAUGAAGCAGAGAUUGCGGGCUACCUACUUGAAUGUGAGAAUCUACUGCGCCAACAAGUCAUGGAUGCCCAGAUUCUUAUUGAUGGAAAAUAUUAUCAGGCAGAUCAACUGGUCCAGAGGGUUGCAAAACUACGAGAUGACCUUAUGGCCUUAAGAGCAGAGUGCUCCUCAAUUUACAGCAAGGGGAGGACACUGACGACAGAACAGACCAAGAUGAUGAUAUCAGGAAUAACACAAAGCUUAAACUCAGGAUUUGCACCAAAUUUAAGCCCUAGUUUAAACUCUGGACUAAGCCAGGGCUUAACACCCUCCUUGACAUCAUCCAGCCUAACAUCAGGUUUAUCAUCGGGUCUUUCUUCAAGACUGACUCCAGCCAUCACCCCAGCCUACACACCAGGUUUCCCACCAAGGUUAAUUCAAAGCUACAUAACUGGAGUUGACACUGGUGGACUGCAAACACUCAAACUGAUGCAGGUCCGAAAACCCCUGAUGAAAUCAGCGUUUAUUGAUCAGAAUUUAACAGAGGAGGAAGUCAACAUGAAAUUUGUCCAGGACCUCUUACGAUGGGUAGAUGAAAUGCAGGUGCAACUUGAUCGGGUUGAAUGGGGUUCGGAUUUGCCAAGUGUCGAAAGCCAUGUAGAAAAUCACAAGAAUGUCCACAAAGCUAUUGAAGAAUUUGAGUCAAGCCUUAAAGAAGCAAAAAUCAGUGAGAUCCAAAUGACUGCUCCCCUUAAACUCAGCUAUGCAGACAAAUUGCACAAACUGGAGAGCCAAUAUGCAAAACUCUUGAAUACAUCAAGAAAUCAGGAAAGACACCUUGACACCCUUCAUAAUUUUGUAUCGCGUGCUACCAGGGAACUCAUAUGGUUGAAUGAAAAAGAAGAGGAGGAGGUUGCAUAUGAUUGGAGUGAAAGAAACAUGAAUAUAACAAGGAAAAAGGAAUACCAUGCAGAACUGAUGAGAGAACUUGAUAAGAAAGAAGACAUUAUUAAAUCGGUUCAGGACAUAGCAGAACAAUUGCUCUUUGAAAACCACCCUGCAAGGUUAACUAUUGAGGCCUACCGAGCAGCAAUGCAAACACAGUGGAGCUGGAUUUUACAGCUUUGCCAAUGUGUGGAACAGCAUCUAAGAGAAAACAUUGCAUAUUUUGAGUUUUUCAACGAUGCCAAAGAGGCCACAGAUUACUUGAAGAAUUUAAGAGAUGCUGUCCAUCGAAAAUACAGUUGUGAUAGGUCCAGCAGUAUUCAUAAACUGGAAGAUCUGAUCCAGGAGUCCAUGGAAGAAAAAGAGCAGCUCCUGCAGUACAAGAGCACGGUGGCAGGCCUUGUCGGGAGAGCAAAGAUAAUAGUUCAGCUGAAGCCAAGGAAUCCAGAUAAUCCACUCAAGACGUCCAUCCCAAUUAAGGCCAUCUGUGACUAUAGACAAAUUGAGAUAACCAUUUACAAAGAUGAUGAAUGUGUACUAGCAAGCAACUCCCAUCGUGCAAAAUGGAAAGUGAUUAGUCCAAGUGGUAAUGAGGCCAUGGUUCCCUCUGUAUGUUUUACUGUUCCUCCACCCAACAAAGAAGCAAUAGACACUGCAAACAGAAUUGAACAGCAAUAUCAGAAUGUCCUGACUCUUUGGCAUGAAUCACAUAUAAACAUGAAGAGUGUGGUCUCCUGGCAUUUCUUGACAAAUGAAAUCGAAACAGUUCGAGCUAGUAAUGUUGCUUCGAUAAAGACACUCUUGCCAGGUGAACAUCAGCAAGUAUUAAGCAACUUGCAGUCCCGCUUUGAUGACUUCCUGGAAGACAGCCAGGAAUCUAAAGUCUUCUCAGUCUCUGACAUUGCACAGCUGGAAAGGGAAGUGAAUGUGUGCAAGCAGUACUACCAAGAGCUCCUUAAAUCUGCAGAGAGAGAGGAGCAUGAGGAAUCGAUUUACAACCUAUAUAUCUCAGAAGUUCGAAACAUCAGACUUCGCUUGGAGAACUGUGAAGAUCGUUUGAUUAGGCAGAUUCGAACCCCAUUAGAGAGAGAUGACCUACAUGAAAGUGUGUUUCGGGUCUCUGAACAAGAGAAGCUGAAAAAGGAGCUGGAUCGACUCAAAGAUGAUUUGGAAACAAUCACAGAAAAGUGUGAUGAUUUUUUUAAUCAAGCUGCUGGUUCACCCUCAGUCCCUACCCUGCGGUCCGAGCUCAACCUCGUGAUUCAAAAUAUGAAUCAGGUUUACUCUAUGUCUUCCAUUUAUAUAGAAAAGUUAAAAACUGUAAAUUUGGUGCUCAAAAACACUCAAGGGGCUGAAUCGCUGGUAAAAUUGUAUGAAACUAAACUAUGUGAGGAAGAUCCAUUAAAUGCUGACAAGAGUAACAUCGAGAACCUGAUGGGUACAUUAAAGCAAUGGAGAUCGGAGGUUGAUGAAAAAAGGGAAGUAUUCCAUGCCCUAGAAGAUGAACUCCAGAAAGCCAAAGCAAUUAGUGAUCAAAUGUUUAAAACACACAAGGAACGGGAUCUUGACUUGGACUGGCACAAAGAGAAAGCAGAUCAGCUAACUGAGAGGUGGCAAAAUGUUCAUUCUCAGAUUGAAAACAGGUUGCGUGACUUAGAUGGCAUCAAUAAAUCUCUGAAAUACUACAGGGAUACAUAUGGUACACUGGAUAACUGGAUUAAGCAAGUUGAAGAAACUCAGCAAAAGUUUCAGGAAAACCCGCCUCAAAACAGUAAAGCGCUGGCUAAACAGCUAAACCAACAAAAGAUGUUAGUCUCUGAAAUAGAGACGAAACAAAACAAACUAGAUGAGUGCCAGAAAUACUCAGAGCAGUAUUCAGCUGCAGUGAAGGACUAUGAGUUGCAAACAAUGACAUAUAGAGCCAUGGUUGACUCUCAGCAAAAAUCUCCCGUGAAACGCCGAAGAAUGCAGAGCUCCUCUGAUUUCAUUAUCCAAGAGUUCAUGGAUUUACGAACACGCUAUACAGCUUUGGUAACCUUGCUGACUCAGUAUAUAAAGUUUGCUGGUGACUCCCUGAAAAGGCUAGAAGAGGAAGAGAAGUCAGUGGAAGAGGAAAAGAAAGAACAUGUUGAAAAAGCUGGUGACUUAUUGAAAUGGGUGUCAAACAUCGCCAAGAGCCUCAACAAAGGUGGAGGAGAAAAGGCCGAAAAAGCAGAUUUGCCUAAGAAACAGAUUUCUCCUGAUGAAAUAUCAACCAAGAAAGAACAGAUAUUAGAGGCUUUGCAAACAACGCAGUCAUUUGUAGCAAAACAUGGUGAUAAAAUGACAGAUGAAGAGAAAAAUGAAAUGGAAAACCAUGUGAAGUCCCUGCAAGACGGUUAUAAACUCUUAUCCAAUGAAGAUUUGAAGCAGUUGCAGGAGGAACAAAAUGUAGAAGAUGAAAAUAUGGAUGAAAAGGUGGACAAAGUCAUAGCUGGCAUCGUUGAUCAAACCACCGGAGAGAUGUUUUCAGUCUUCCAGUCAGUUCAUAAAGGCCUUAUUGACUAUGACACUGGAAUUCGGUUACUUCAGAGCCAGCUCAUUUUAUCAGGUUUAAUUUCACCAGUUUUGGGAAGGAGCUUUGACCUGGAAGAAGCAAAAGCCCAUGAACUUGUUGAUGCACAAGCUAUAUUUCAACUACAAGAUUUUCAGAAUGCAAAGACAACCAUUUCAAAACUGCAAUUAACAACACUCCCAGUUGUUGGUGCUUUGGAACAGGGUCUAAUUUCAGAAUCUCUGGCUAUUAAAAUUCUUGAGAUUCAGCUUUCCAGAGGGCAUCUAACGAUACCAGCCACAAGAGAACAGCUGACUUUGCAAAAAGCUUUCCAGAAGAACCUGGUUUCUGCAGCAUUAUAUACCAAGCUCCUGGAAAGACGUGACAUGUGCAGAGACCUUAUUGACCCCAACACAGCAGAGAAGGUCUCCCUUGAGGAAUUGCUUGAAAGAACUGUAGAACAUAAAGAAACAAGGUUGAGACUCUUGCCUGUGAUCCCUCAAGAAAGAGGCACAAUAACACUAAAAUGUGGAAGGAAGAUAACUAUUUUGAGGGCAGCUCAUGAAGGACUCAUAGAGAGAGAGACCAUGUUCAGGCUGAUGGGUGCUCAGCUACUUUCUGGGGGUAUCAUUCAUCCUGAUACAGGACACAGAAUGACUAUUGAAGAGGCAAUGAGAGAAGGGGUUAUUGAUCAGGAUGCUGCUUGUGCUAUUUUGACUCAUCAGGUUCAGACAGGUGGGAUACUGUGUCCAAAUUCAUCAAAACGUUUAACUGUAGAUGAAGCUGUACAGUGUGACUUGCUAUCCUCUUCUAGUGCCCUUCUGGUGCUACAGGCACAGCGAGGCUUCAUUGGACUCAUCUGGCCAGAUAGUGGCGAAAUAUUUCCUGUAUCUACUUCUUUGCAUCAAGGCAUGAUCACUAAUGAGCUGGCCUGCAAAAUUCUAAAUGGACGGCAAAAAAUAGCAGCACUUUAUAUUCCAGAAACUUGUGAAGUGAUCAGCCUGGAUAAUGCUGCCCGACAAGGAGUCAUAGAUAGUAAUACUUCAUCAAUCUUAAAUAGCCUUACUCUACCUGACGAAAUGCCUAAUGUGGAUGAUAUACCAGUCCAUUUGAAAAGAGUUGCGAGAUGGCUCUCUUCUUAUGAACUCCACCCAUCUGCCCAACAUGAACAUGGAAUGGAUGUAGAUGCUUUGGACAUCAAUGAGCCCGUACAUCACUGCAAACAACAAACUCAAAAACUGUUCAUGUCUUAUCUAAUGAUAAAUAGUUAUAUGGAUGCGAACACGGGGCAAAGACUUUUGUUGCAUUGUGGUGACUUAAAUGAAACUGUCAGCUUGUUAAUGGAUCAGAAUAGUUAUAAUACAUAUGGGACUGAAGGGCAAUUCUGUGAGACCCAUGUAAACACAGAAGUGUCAAAUCUUGCGCAUCACUCUGAAAAUGUAGUGUUUAGCUGUAUUACUAGCAAUGCUUUCGAUCAAGAAACAAGUGUCAAAAAUAUUUCUAGUGACAAUAACAGGAAAGAAUUUCACGAUGAUCACCAGAAUGUCAAAGGCUCAGGAGAAAAUAGUUUUCAUAUCAUAGCUGGUAGAUCAGAGCAGUCCGAAUGUGCUAUGAAUACAUUAUUUUGUGAACAGGAAGACAGAUCUAGAAAGGGACUCAAUACAAAUAAAAAUUGUGAAAAAGAAAAUGUAUCUAGAAGUUUGCUGGAACCUUCUGAAGAAAUACCAGUGGAAGUGAGUGAAGAUUUAACCAAGCAAGCAAAUUCUGGAAAUGUUGAAGCAAAAAGAUCUCUUUCAAAUUAUUCACAAGAAAACCUUCCAUCAAGAACGAAUGAAGAUAACAUUUGUAUGGUAGAGAAGAAAAAAGUCAAGGAGAAUGAAAACUCUUCAGUCAUCUUAGAUAACAUUUUGGAUAUGAAUGCUUCUUCAGCUAUGAAUACAGAAGGAAACACACAAGGGAGGACAGAUAUUUCACAUCUCAUGGACAAUAAUAAGCUGAAAUGCAUGCAAACGAAAGAAGAAUGUAUAUUAAUCAAGGAUGAGGUAGAAGAUGAUUUUCAGGAUAGUUUAUACACCAGUAAGCAUUCCAGCAAUAAACUUUUAAGUGAACUAGCUCAGGAGGAUUAUGGGGCUUGUAAUGAGUGUGGGAUUGUGCAGUCAGAAACUAACACCACUCCACUGCAACAUAACCUUGAUAAUGGGACAAGUGGAUGUACUUUAGAAGCCUUUACUGAUACAAAUGGCAAAUUGCCAUUAGAAAACCACUCCAUAAUGCAUGAUGCAUGUCCCCUGAAAGAUUGUCUUCAUGUGAAUGGUAAACAAUCACAGGAAGACUGUACAAAUACCUAUGUCCGUCCACCAUUGGAAGACCCUGCUAAUAAAUGUACUCUGUGUCUGUUGGAAGACAAUCCCAAUCUGCAAGCUGCAUCUUCAUUGGAAGCUAGAUAUCAUACAAGUGGUAGCCCAUCACAAGAUGACUCCACCAGCCACCAUAGUAUGUCAAUGCAAGAAAAUACGUUUCCUAAAGGUAAUCCACUGCUGAAAGACAACAUCAGUUUGAUUAAUGGAUUAUUGAAGAAACAGACUGAAACUGAAAGUGGGGCAUCUCUGGAAAAUGACAUUAAUAUCAGUGACAGACAACAACCUACAGAGCAGACUAAUUUAUGUCAUAUAUCUUUGCCUGAUUAUCAUAUUAAUUCUGAUGGAGUCCCACUGUUGGGAUAUCAUACUGAAGAUAAAUCCAUUGGGCCACUUCAGAGAGAACAUGCUGGGCUUCCACUGGAAGGCCCCAUUGAUACAAAUACUGAGUCCGCAGCAGAAGUCAGUACUAAAUGUCUUCAUGGAUUACCCAUUAAAAUCAAUACUGAAAGUCAGCCCAGACCACCUCUGGAAUUCACUACUAGUAUGGAGAAUAAUGAACCAUCUGUGGAUGACAAUAGGUCAACAUUUACAAGUGGUGGAUUAGUUCUAGAAGGUAAUAACAGUAAUCCUUCUGAGCCACUGCAUGGAAGAAAAUGUAAUACUCCACAGUCAGGAAAGGACAGCAAAGACCCUUGUGACAUAUUGCAGCAUAAAGAUGCCAGUGAGGCUGUACAGAUCAAUCAUAACUUUGGUAAUGUUUAUAACACGGCCAAAAUUGACAAGGGUGGCUCCUCUGCUCUUGAGAAAGAUAUUACUCCAGAGCCCACCAAUAGUGCAUUUGCCAUGAAAGAAGCAGCAGAUAAACCAGUGCAAAAAGGAACAUCUUUUCAGGUCAACCUGAGUAUGAAAGAGGAGAAUAUUCUAGGCUUUAGUGAGUCAAAUGACACUGAUACAUAUGGAAUCAUGAAUAUAGCAGCAUUGAAUGCAAAGAUGCUAGGCACUAUUCUAGAAGACAAGGCAGAAGACGCUGGAGAUGUAGAAAAGACAGUUCAGAAAAAAGAAAGUGAAGAAAGUAAAGAGAUCGACAAUUCCCUAGAAAAGUUUCAUGAAAUUGAAACACAAAGAAAUGGGCACAAAAGAAUUAGAAUGAAAAGAGAAGGUGACUCCGAUGAAAGUGAACAUGAAAGUGUAUGUCUGGAUAAUGACAAUGGUGAUAAUGACAAUGACAAAGAUGAAAAUGAUUUUGAAAGUUAUGAUUAUGUGGAUUUUGAUUAUGAUACUUCUGAUGACACAGAUUAUGAAGAUGAGGAGGUGAUGGAAAUGCAUUACUCACAGUGCCGUAAUAAAAACAGUGAAGUCAGAAAACAACUUUCAGUGACUACUGAAAACAAGAAUAUUCAUCCCGAAAACAAUUUCCACUCAGAUUCAAAAAAUUGCUUACCGUGCUUUGAAAACUACAGUGUUGAUAAACAAAAUUUAGCUGACCUUGCUAACGAAAGCAUUGAUGACCUUCCAUGUAAAAGUAACGAUGUAAGAUCGCAAAAAGAUUGGCAGGCUUCUGAGCCUUUCAUGGAAAACAAAUGUGCAUUACAUAGCAAUCAAACUUCCCAUUUAAGCAUAAGCAAUGGUAUGACAUCAGAGAAUGCAAUUGGCACAGAAGGUAAUGCAACUGAGUUAAAUAUAGCUCUUCAAUGCGACUUAUUCAUUAACCACAGCAAAGUUAAAAACCAUGAUGAUGCAUCAAUGCCAUGUUUGAAUUGUGAGAAAAUACAGGAAGCAGAGGAUGGAAAAUUAAUAGAAGCAGUCACCAAUAUGCCACAAGUAGAAAUGGACACUCUAGAACAGAAUAAAAACGGAGCAUGCAUUCUGAAAGACGAUACUAUCCAGGAAUCCAGAAGAAGCCCUGUAGAGACUGGUUCAUUCAUUGUUAAAAAUGGUUAUGAAAUCAGUCCCUCAUGUGACAUGAAAGCAAGUCUUGACCAAAUUCCAAAUAAAACCGCCUCAGUUCCACACUCCAGUGGCUUUGUUACAGAAGAAUCAGUAAACCAUGAAGAGCAGCAGUUUGACCUUUCUUCUUAUUUAAAGCAAUGUGCAGAGGAUAUAAAAGCCGAGAAUAUUUUAGGACUAAGGGAGGGUGAUUCAUUUUACCUGAAGGAUGUUGAAAGAGACUGUGAAGAGAAUGGAGAGGUGCUAGUGAUAAGGGGAAGUGUAAAUGGCAAAGAGAAAGCGCAUCCAGGAGAACUGAGCUGCCAGCUGCCUCCAUCUCCUGCAUCAAUUUUUUCAAAACCUAUGAGAGCUAAAGCUAGUAAAGAAACAGACGGUAGUAUUCAUCCGAAAGCGUGUCAUGUAAUUGAAAGCUACAGAAGUGACUUUGAGAAUAUGGGUCGCAAAGACAGUGGAGAAGCAAGUAACAAGGCUGAAGUUGGUUCUGAUGAGCAUUUGCAGGCAAUAAGCUUCGCUUCUAAUGCUUUAGGCACCAUAGGUGAUUCCUGGCAUUGCACUGAACAGAAAGCGCCUGAAGCCGUGAUAAGUCACUGUAAUGUGGGAAAUACUGAGGGAGGCGACCUUCUAGGCCCUGAGUCUGCCUCGUUCAUGAACAGCAUCGAGCGAAACGUGCAACAAUCACAAAAAGAGGAGCAGCUUCUUUAUUUCCCCCCACCCAAGGAACAGGAAGGUCGUUUUUCUAAAGUGCCUGCUACAUUACGGGAAGGCUUAACAAAUAUACUUAAAAGCAAAAUAAAAGAUGGUCGUGUUUACUACAAGCAGGAAGACGAACCUUUAAGUUAUAUUGGCACAAGAGCUUUAAUGCAAAAUUUACUUAAAAUGGUUGAUUACACCCAUUGGGGAAGUGAGGUUUCUAAUCAACCUGAUGUCAAACUUGCAAACGACGACUCUAGAACUGCUCCUUUGCUCGCUCCUUUGUGCCCAAAUGCAAACAAACAUAAUUCCACCCCAUCUACUUGGCUUGACAACCGAAGUCCUGACCUCCUCCUUGAUAUACUGAAGCAGGACCAUUGCAGACAAAGAACUGAUGGCACAAACGGGACAAUGGAAGAGAAGGCCCAGACCGAAAGAGAUCAGGAGAUAAGACCUUCUGCGUUUGAUCACACCUUUGCCACCAUCUCAGAUAGAGCUGGAACUUCAUCAGGAUCGAAACCAGAAGCUGCUGCAGAGAAUACUACUGCAGAUAAUAAUACUCUUCCUUUGAAAGAAGACCAUCAAGCUGAGGAGCCAUGCCAUCCACCAAAACGUUUCUCUGAUGAUGCCGUGGAAAUGAAGGAAUCUGUACCAAGGAGUGUGCUGUACAGUGGUACGCAGCCUUGUUCUUGGUUCAUAGAGAAUCUGAGAAGACACUUGACAGUGGUUCAAGAUAUGAAAUUUCUCUUAGAUGAUCUGCAGCCCAUCAGUAAUGACUUGGAAGCCCUAAAGGUGCAACUUGAGCAGUUAGAGUCAUUUGAAUCAGGACUUGCUGGCUUUGCUGUUGUUUUGCGGAAAGAUAUGAAGUUGGCAGAUGAAUUUCUAAAACAUCAGCACAAGGAUGUUCCCACAGAACAGCUUGAGGAUCUUAAAGAAAGCAAUGAACAUUUGGAGAAGGAUUUCUUUGUGGUCUGUGAAAUGUCUUCAGAGCGAGCAAAGCAAAUUGUCUUUGCAGUAGACUCUGAAAUGGCCAAACUUGCAGUGUUGCAUCAGGAAUAUUUAAUCAAGCUUCAGGAGUUCACAGAUUGGAUCACGGAGAAGAAUGAAACAGUGAAUAACCUCAAGGCAGAUGUGCACGAUAUAGAAUACGUGAAGCAAAAGUUUCAUUUAUUCAAGGACCUUGAGAAAGCGCUUGGAUACAGAAAAAUGCAGCUGGAAUCCACAGCCCUUGACAUUCAGUUUUUCAUUUCUGAACAUGCCCAAGAUCUUUCCCCAAACCAGAGCAAGCAACUCCUGAGGCUCUUAAAUACCACCCAGAAGCACUUCCAAGAAAUGCAAGAAACAAUAAGAUCUCACAUGGACCAUUUUGAAACUCUCUUACAGGAAGCACAAGUUCUUGUUGACCAGAAGGACUUGGCUGAACAGCACCAGGAAUUCAAAGAGAAGCUGCAGGAUAUAUGUGAUCUCCUCACGCAGACAGAGAACCAGCUCAUUGGCCACAAAGAAGCCCUUGUUAUUGAAGACAGCAAGGCGGAGUUGCAGCAAUAUCAAACCAAACAAGACGAGUUGCAGAAAGAUAUGCAAGCAAAUACUCAGGCCCUGGCAGAAAUUGUGAAAAAUACAGAGAUGUUCUUGAAAGAAAAUGGAGAAAAGCUGCUACAGGAAGACAAGAUUGUUCUUGAAAAGAAGCUGAAUGAAGCUAAGACCAAGUGUUUGCUGCUUAGCCAGAAGGCAGAAGAGUCCAGAAAAGAGCUGGAUAAAGCUGUGACAACAGCUAUUAAACAGGAAACGGAAAAGGUUGCAGCUAGAGAACAGCUGGAAGAGAGUAAAAGUACAAUAGAAAAUCUUCUGGAUUGGUUAUCAGAUGUAGACAAGGAUGCUGAACAUGGUGGCAAGAAAUGCAAACCAGCAAUCAAGCAGAAUGGCACCCAUUUCCAAGAAGAAGAUGUGGAGGGUUCGUUGGAAGAAGAUGACGAAGUCAAUGGUAACUUGCUAGAUAUCCAACAACAGAAUGAAACUCAUGUAGAUGGACAGCUGAAACCCUCAGAAGAUAACCUCAACACUCAAUAUCAGAAAGCCAAGUCUCAACAUGAGAAAAUCAUUUCACAGCAGCAAGCUGUCAUCAUAGCUACACAAUCAGCCCAAGCCCUGCUUGAGAAGCAAGGACACCAUCUCUCUCCAGAGGAAAAAGAAAAGAUUCAAAGGAACAUGAAGGAACUGAAGGUGCAGUACGAAACCGCUUUAGCCGACUCGGAGCAGAAGUUGAAGCUGACGCGUUCUCUGCAGGAGGAGCUUGAGAAGUUCGAUGCGGACUACGGUGAGUUUGAAAGCUGGCUCCAACAAGCGGAGCAAGAACUUGAGAACCUGGAGACGGGUGCAUCUGACUCUACUGGCAUUAUCGUCAAACUGAAAAGGCAGAAGAGCUUUUCCGAAGAUGUCAUUUCUCACAAAGGGGAUUUGCGGUACAUCACCAUUUCUGGGCAGAGAGUAUUGGAUGCUGCUAAGUCAUGUAACAAAAGAGAAGCCAUCAAAUAUGACAAGGAAGGUAUUGAUACUUCAGCAACUUACACAGAGGUGCAGAAUAAGCUGGACAGUGCAACCGGUCGCUUCAAAUCUCUGUACUCUAAGUGCAGUAUCCUUGGAAAUAACCUCAAAGACCUGGUGGAUAAGUAUCAGAAUUAUGAGGAUGCCUCCUCUGGGCUAUUGUCAGGACUCCAGGACUCUGAAGAAGCUGUAAAUAAACAACUGUCUGAGCCAGUUGCUGUGGAUCCCAAAAAUCUACAGAGGCAGUUAGAAGAAACCAAGGUGCUUCAGGGUCAAGUGUCCAGUCACCAGGUUGCUGUAGAGAAACUAAAAAAAGGAGCGGAAGUGCUUUUCGACACCCGAGGAGAAUUACUGCCAGACAAAGAUGAAAUCCAGAAUACUCUGGAUACUAUUGUGGAUAAGUAUAAUCAGUUAUCCAAAGCAGUGAAUGAUCGUAAUGAGAAACUCCAGAUCACUUUGACACGUUCAUUAAGCGUUCAGGAUGGAUUGGAUGAAAUGCUUGAUUGGAUGAACGGUGUUGAGAAGAGUCUUGAGGAUCAAGGUCAAGUGCCUUUGAAUUCUACUUCUAUUCAGGAUGUUAUUAGUAAAAGCAUGGCACUAGAACAAGACAUUGUAGGCCGUCAAAGCAGCCUAAAUGCCAUGAAAGAAAAGAUGAACAAAUUCAUGGAAACGGCAGACCCAUCUACUGCAUCCUCUUUACAAGCUAAGAUGAAUGAGCUUUCGGUACGGUUUUGCGAAGCAAAUAAUAAACAGAAGAAAAAGAUGGAAGAGCUGGAAGGUUUGAAGACUAAAGUGGAGAUGUUUGAGUGCUUGUCUGAUAAACUUCAGUCAUUCUUGGACAGGAAAACUCAAGUCUUCAGUGAGGCUGAUGUCCCAGGAAAGGAUAUUACGGAAAUAUCCCUCAAUGUACAGGAAACCAACACAGAAUUGAUGGAGCAGAAAAAGGAUCUUGAAGUUUUGCAACACCUCAUUGAAGAACUUUCUCUUCAUGCUCUUCCUGGGGACAAGUCAUUAGUGCUAGAAAAAGUAAAUGCCCUGUCAAAGAAAUUCAGGGAAAUGGAAGAGACUAUACAAAAAAAAGAAGAGGACGUGUCCUCAUGCCAACAGCAAAUGGAUACAUUCAAGCUUCAUGUAGAAUCUUUGAAGAAAUGGAUAGAUGAGAUGACUGAAAGAAUUCCAGAUACCCAACCCUUAUUAAAUACUGAUUCUUUAAAGAAACAUUUGCAAAGCACCAAGAAUUUGGAAGAUGAAUGGAGUUCAAAGGCACCUGAUAUUCAGAAAAUGGUUAGCAGAGGAACAGCAUUAUGCAACUUAAUCAGUGCUAUGACUUCCCCUGCAAAGUCAAGGGGAGUAAAAUCAGCUGGAACUGGAACAGUACUAAAUGGUGAAGGAACUGCUCCAGGUACCCAGGGUUUCCUAUCAAGCAAAGAACUGACCACCGUCCAACAUAAUAUGUCAUCUGUAAGCCAUGAUUAUGAUGAUUUGGGAGCAAUACUGAAGGAAAAAAGAUCAGAACUGGAAUCCAUGCUUUCAAAUAUGCAAAACAUUCAAGAAGAAUCAAAAUCAAUGGUGGAAUGGUUACAGAAAAUGGAUACUGCUGCCACCAAAUGGGAAACAGCUCUUCUUGAUGGUGAAGCAGUUAAAGAACAAGUGGAUCAACAUAAGCUGUUUGAAACAGAAUUGAAACAGAACGAAAAUAAAGUGCAAGAGCUGAAGGACAGAGUUGCAGAGCUGCUGGAGAAGAACCCAGACUCUCCUGAGGCACCAAAAUGGAAACAGAUGUUGGAUAAAAUAGAUUCCAAAUGGAAAGAACUCAGCCAGGUAGCAACUGACAGGCAGAAAAAACUGGAAGAGUCAUCAAAUUAUCUGACCCAGUUCCAGACAACUGAGGCUCAGUUGAAACAAUGGCUGGUGGAAAAAGAAUUAAUGGUCAGUGUGCUUGGACCACUGUCUAUUGAUCCAAUCAUGCUGAACACACAAAAGCAGCAAGUUCAGAUUCUGCUCAAAGAGUUUGACACUCGAAAACCCCAGUACGAACAGCUGACCACAGCAGGACAAGGGAUCCUGGAGAGACCAGGGGAACACCCGCCUUCUCAUGAAACCGUGAAGCAGCAACUGGCCGCCAUAGCACAGAAAUGGGAUGGCUUAACAGGACAGCUGAGUGACCGAUGUGGCCGAAUUGAGCAAGCCAUUGUCAAAAGCACAGAGUACCAAAGCUGUCUGAGAAACCUUUCUGCAAAACUUAGUGCCUUGGAUAAUAAACUCAGCAAGAGCCUAGCUGUCAGUACAGACUCUGAUGCUGUGAAGCAGCAGCUGGAAGCAGCCGGAGAAGUGAAGGAAGAAAUAGAACAGGAAAUGACGAACAUAAAUGCCGCUCAGGCCCUGUGCGAGGAAUUGUCAGUGCUGGUGGCAGAAGAUUACUUGAAAGCAGAACUCGUUAGGCAAUUAGAUGGUGUCAUAAAACCCUUUAAGGAUAUGGAACGAAAAGCAGGCAAUCACAUUGAACAACUUCAGUCAACAUAUGUUAGUUCUCAUCAAUUCCAGCAAAUGUCUAAAGACUUUCAGGCCUGGCUGGAUAGAAAGAAAGAAGAACAGAAUCAGUCCCGUCCCAUCUCGACCAAACUGGAGUCUCUGUGGUCAUCAAUUGAUGAUCAGAAAGAGUUCAAGAUGACCUUGUCUGACAAGAUUAAUUCUUAUGAAAAAAUAAUUGCAGAAGGCGAAAGUCUCCUCCAGAAGACUCAAGGGGCAGAGAAGGCAGAGCUGCAGUCCCAGCUGAACUUGCUCAAAGGUAACUGGGAUGAAAUGAACAAGCAAGUUAAAGAAAGGCAAGAUAAGUUAAAUGAUUGCCUGGAAAAAGCCCUCCGAUACAAAGAGCAUGUUGAGAACCUGCAGCCCUGGAUAGCAAAGUGCCAAAGUAACCUAUCUGAAAUCAAAAUGGGUGUAGAUCCUGGGGAGCUAGAGAAUUCCAUCACACAGGUGAAAGCUUGGCAGAAGGACUUGGACAAACACAAAGGGACGGUGGAGUUGCUAAAUAAUGCAGCGGAGGCUUUACUCGGUGCCUGUCAGACAGAUAAAGACAUUAUUGAAGAGGAAAAGGCACUGCUGAUCCAGAAAAUGGAUAUGGUGGCUGAACAAUUACAUCAUAAAAGAGAUGGUCUAGAAAAGAUGGCUCAGAGACUGAAAGGGUUUCAAGAAUCAUCCAAGGAAGUUAAAGAGCAGCUGAAGAAUGCCAGAGAGCAGCUAGAAGUGCACGAUUCUCUCAAACCCCAGACUUACAGUAACAAACACUUGACAGUCAUGCAGACUCAGCAGAAAGCACUUCAGACAUUAAAGACUCAAGUGGACCUGACGAAAAAGCUCGCUCAAGAACUGGUGGUGGAUGCUUCAGAUUCGUCAGGUGUCUCUGACCUGUUACUGCAAGCCGAAGCAUUAGAAGGCGAAUACAGCUCUGUUAGCCAGCAGGUUGAGGAUAAAUGUUCCUUCCUGGAGACUAAGCUUCAAGGAAUUGGCCAUUUCCAAAACACCAUCCGAGAGAUGUUUUCUCAGUUUGCCGAGUUUGAUGAUGAAUUGGAUAGUAUGGCUUCUGUGGCUAGGGAUCUGAUCACCCUGCAAGCACAGCGAGAGGAUAUCAAGGCAUUCCUGAAAAAAUUGGAGGAGCUCAUAGCCAGUAAUGAAAAUGCAAACAAGACAUGUAAAGUGAUGUUAGCAAGUGAAGCUGAAGCUUCUCCUGAUCUUGCGGGUAUCAAAAGGGACUUGGAGGCUUUGAAUAAGCAAUGCAACAAGUUACUCGACAGAGCGAGAGCGAGAGAGGAACAGAUUGAAGGGACUAUUGACCGGAUUGAAGAAUUCUAUAGCAAACUUAAGGGUUUUUCCAAACUGCUUGGGGAAGCUGAAGAACAUGAAGACUCCCAAGGUCCUGUUGGAAUGGAAACGGAGACAAUUAAUCAACAGCUAAACGUUUUUAAGGUAUUUGAGAAAGAAGAAAUUGAACCACUACAGGUUAAGCAACAGGAGGUAAAUUGGUUAGGUCAAGGCCUUAUUCAGAGUGCUGCUAAAAACGCUAGUACUGAUAACCUUGAGCGUGAUCUUGAGGACGUUAACACAAGAUGGAAAACUCUCAACAAAAAGGUUGCUCAAAGAGCAGCCCAGUUGCAAGAGGCAUUGCUCCACUGUGGGAGGUUUCAAGAUGCUGUUGAGUCUAUACUUAGCUGGCUCAUUGACACAGAAGAACUCGUGGCUAAUCAGAAGCCUCCAUCUGCUGAGUUUAAAGUGGUGAAGGCCCAAAUACAGGAACAGAAACUUCUCCAGAGAUUGCUGGAUGACCGCAAACCCACUGUUGAACUGAUCAAGCGUGAAGGGGAGAAAAUUGCAGAGUCAGCAGAGCCCGCUGAUAAAGAGAAGAUCUUGAAACAGCUGAGCCUCCUGGACAGCAGAUGGGAUGCAUUGCUCGAUAAAGCAGAAACGAGGAAUCGUCAAUUGGAAGGUAUCUCAGCUGUAGCACAGCAGUUCCAUGAAACAUUAGAACCGCUGGUUGAAUGGCUAACAACCACUGAGAAGAGGCUUUCCAAUUCGGAACCCAUUGGUACACAAGCUUCCAAACUUCAGCAGCAAAUUUCUCAACAUAAAGAUUUAGAGGAAGACAUCACCGCUCACAAUAAAAAUGUACAGCAAGCUAUUAAUAUUGGUCAGGCUUUAAAGAAGUUGAGCUCCAGGGAGGAUAAAGAAAUGGUGCAGGAGAAACUAGAUUCUUCAGAAGCCCGAUACACUGAGAUUCAUGAGAAAAGCAGCAGUAGGGCUGAGCUCCUGCAGCAAGCCUAUUGUAAUGCUCAGAUUUUUGGAGAGGAUGAAGUUGAAUUGAUGAAUUGGCUGAAUGAAAUACAUGAGAAACUGAGCAAACUGGCAGUCCAAGACUACAAUACUGACUUACUAGUGAAACAACAGACUGAGAUGCUGGUUCUUCAAGAAGAGAUUCUGCUCAGAAAGCAAAAUGUGGACCAGGCUAUACAAAAUGGUUUGGAACUUCUCAAGCAAACUACAGGCGAUGAAGUUGUCAUAAUUCAAGAUAAAUUGGAAGGCAUUAAAGCAAGGUACAAGGACAUCACUAAGCUGAGUUCUGAUGUGUCCAAGACUUUAGAACAGGCUCUACAGCUUUCAGGCCAGCUGCAAUCCACUCACGAGGAACUCUGCACUUGGCUUGACAAAGUUGAGGUAGAAUUACUUUCAUAUGACGCUCAGGUCCCUAACGGCAAAGAGUUAAAUCAAGCACAAGAAAGACAAAAGGAACUGAAAAAAGAAGCAAAGGACAAUAAAAGCUUAUUGGAUACCCUCAAUGAAGUCAGCAGUGCUUUGCUGGAACUGGUGCCAUGGAGAGCAAGGGAAGGAAUAGACAAAAUGGUUACAGAAGACAAUGAACGGUACAGAUCAGUGAGUGACAACAUAACUCAGAAAGUGGAAGAAAUUGAUGCUGCUAUUUUGAAAUCACAGCAGUUUGAUCAAGCAGCUGAUGCUGAAUUAGCCUGGGUGGACAAAACAGAGAAGAAACUGAUGUCUCUGGCUGAUAUUAGGCUUGAACGUGAACAGACCACUGCUCAACUACAAGUUCAAAAGGCAUUCACCAUGGAGAUUUUGAAACACAAGGAUACGAUAGAAGAACUUGUAGCAUCUGGGGAUGAGAUUAUGAAGACAUGCACGGAAGAGGAGAAACAAGCCAUGAAGAAAAAACUGGAGAGCCUCUUCCAGAAAUAUGACCUGCUCUGUCAAAUGAACUCUAAGAGGAACCUACAGCUAGAACGGGCACAGUCUCUAGUUAGCCAGUUUUGGGAGACUUAUGAAGAGAUCUGGCCUUGGUUAACCGAAACAGAAGUGGUCAUCUCACAGCUUCCAGCACCAGCUCUUGAAUAUGAAACUCUAAAGCAGCAGCAAGAAGAACACCGGCAACUGCGAGAAUUGAUUGCUGAACACAAGCCUCAUAUAGAUAAGAUGAACAAAACAGGACCUCAGCUUCUGGAGCUGAGCCCACGAGAAGGAUUUUCAAUCCAAGAAAAAUACAUAGCAGCUGAUGCCCUUUACAGCCAAAUUAAAGAAGAUGUCAAAAAACGAGCUCAGGCACUGGACGAAGCCAUUUCUCAGUCUACCCAGUUCCAUGACAAGAUAGAUUCAACCAUUGAGAGCCUGGAACGCAUCGUUGAACGUUUGAGGCAGCCCCCUUCCAUCUCAGCUGAGGUUGAAAAGAUUAAAGAACAGAUCAGCGAAAAUAAGAAUGUGUCUGUGGAUCUAGAAAAACUUCAGCCUGUAUAUGAAACGCUCAAAAAGCGUGGGGAGGAAAUGAUUGCACGUUCAGAAGGAGCUCAUAAGGACAUAUCUGCUAAAGUGGUUCAAGAUAAGUUGGAUCAAAUGGUCUUUAUCUGGGAAGACAUCCAUACUCUGGCUGACGAAAGGGAGGCCAAACUGCUUGACGCCAUGGAAUUAGCAGAGAAGUUCUGGUGUGAUCACAUGGCUCUUGUAGCCACUAUUAAAGAUACUCAAGAUUUUAUCAGAGAAUUAGAAGGAGCUGGGAUUGACCCUUCGGUGGUAAAACAGCAACAAGAAGCAGCAGAGACUAUCAAAGAAGAGGUAGACGGGUUACAAGAAGAACUAGAUGCAGUGGUAAACCUUGGCUCUGAACUCAUAGCUGCCUGUGGAGAACCUGACAAACCUUUAGUCAACAAGAGCAUAGAUGAGCUAAAUUCUGCUUGGGACGCUUUAAAUAAAGCAUGGAAGGAGCGUGUUGACAAGCUUGAGGAAGCCAUGCAAGCUGCUGUUCAAUAUCAGGAUGGAUUGCAGGCUAUGUUUGACUGGGUGGAUAUCGCUGGCAGUAAAUUAGCUUCAAUGUCACCAGUUGGUACAGAUCUAGAAACUGUAAAACAGCAAACAGAAGAACUAAAGCAAUUUAAGAAAGAAGCUUAUCAGCAACAAAUAGAAAUGGAACGACUGAACCACCAAGCAGAGCUGCUGUUAAAGAAGGUGACAGAGGAGAGUGAUAAGCACACGGUACAAGACCCCUUGUCUGAACUCAAGCUCCUGUGGGAAAAACUGGAGGAUAAAAUUGUUAGCCGCCAGCAUAAGCUGGAAGGUGCUUUGUUAGCUUUGGGUCAGUUCCAGCAUGCCCUGGAUGAGUUGCUGACAUGGCUGACGCACACGGAAGACCUGCUGAAUGAACAGAAACCUGUGGGUGGUGACCCUAAGGCUAUUGAAAUUGAACUAGCCAAACAUCAUGUGCUGCAAAAUGAUGUCUUAGCUCACCAGUCCACUGUGGAAACAGUUAAGAAAGCAGGAAAUGACCUGAUUCAGUCAAGUGCUGUUGAAGAAGCAAGCAAUCUACAAAGCAAGCUGGAACUUCUGAAUCAGCGAUGGCAAAAUGUCUUGGAAAAAACAGAAAAAAGGAAGCAACAGCUGAACAGUGCUUUGAUCCAGGCCCAAGGUUUCCAUGGUGAAGUUGAAGAUCUUCAACAAUGGUUGACAGAAACCGAACGUCAGCUUUUGGCAUCGAAACCUGUUGGUGGUUUACCAGAGACGGCAAGAGAGCAGCUUAAUACCCAUCUGGAACUCUGUGCUGCCUUUGAAGCUAAAGAAGCAACAUACAAAUGUCUGAUGCAAAAGGGCUUACAGAUGCUUGCAAGAUGCCCUGAGUCUGUUGAAACGAAUGUUGAGCAAGACAUAAAUAAUCUUAAAGAAAAAUGGGAAUCUGUUGAAACAAAGCUCAGUGAAAGAAAAAUCAAACUGGAAGAAGCCCUCAGUUUGGCAAUGGAGUUCCACAACUCAUUGCAGGACUUCAUCAACUGGCUUACUCAAGCUGAGCAAACCUUGACAGUGGCUUCUCGGCCAAGUCUUAUCUUGGACACUGUCUUGUUUCAAAUUGAUGAACACAAGGUCUUUGCCAAUGAAGUGAAUGCCCACCGAGACCAGAUUAUCCAGCUGGACAAAACUGGAACACAUUUGAAAUAUUUCAGCCAGAAACAGGAUGUGGUCCUCAUAAAGAAUCUGCUGAUCAGUGUCCAGAGUAGGUGGGAAGAAGUAGUUCAGCGCUUAGUGGAAAGAGGAAGAGCGUUAGAUGAUGCAAGGAAGCGUGCCAAGCAGUUCCAUGAAGCCUGGAACAAACUUACAGAAUGGCUGGACGAGUCAGAAAAGACUUUGGAUGCAGAGCUUGAAAUUGCAAAUGAUCCAGACAAAAUUAAGAUGCAGCUCACCCAGCAUAAGGAGUUCCAAAAAGCUCUUGGAGCCAAACAUUCUGUGUACGACACCACAAAUCGAAGUGGACGCUCCUUAAAAGAGAAAACUACCCUUGCUGAUGACAAUCUGAAACUGGAUGAUAUGCUAAGUGAACUCAGAGACAAAUGGGAUACAGUUUGUGGAAAAUCUGUAGAAAGACAAAACAAACUGGAAGAAGCCCUGCUGUUUUCGGGACAAUUUACCGAUGCUCUUCAGGCUCUCAUAGAUUGGCUGUACAAAGUGGAACCACAGCUGGCCGAAGAUCAGCCUGUGCACGGAGACAUUGAUUUAGUGAUGAAUUUAAUAGAUAAUCACAAAGGCUUCCAGAAGGAACUGGGAAAGAGGACAAGCAGCGUCCAAGCUCUGAAACGCUCUGCACGUGAGCUGAUAGAAGGUAGCCGCGAUGAUUCCUCCUGGGUAAAGGUCCAAAUGCAGGAACUUGGCACUCGGUGGGACACUGUGUGUGCAUUGUCUGUCUCCAAGCAGACCCGACUGGAACAAGCCCUCCACCAGGCCGAGGAAUUCCACUCUGUUGUACGUGUACUUUUGGAAUGGUUGGCUGAGGCUGAACAGGCCCUGCGUUUCCAUGGCAUCCUCCCAGAUGAUGAAGAGGCUUUGCGUACACUAAUAGAUCAGCAUCGGGAAUUCAUGAAGAAACUGGAAGAAAAAAAGGCUGAACUAACUAAAGCCACAGGUAUGGGAGAGGCUGUCCUGGCUAUCUGCCACCCAGACUCCAUCACUACCAUUAAGCACUGGAUAACAAUCAUCCGAGCGAGGUUUGAAGAGGUGUUGGCAUGGGCCAAGCAACAUCAGCAGCGAUUGGCAGGAGCCUUGGCUGCCCUUAUCGCUAAUCAGGAGUUGUUGGAAGCGUUAUUGUCCUGGUUGCAGUGGGCAGAGACAACUCUUAGUGAAAAGGACAAGGAGGUCAUCCCUCAGGAGAUUGAUGAUGUCAAAGCACUCAUAGCUGAACAUCAGACCUUCAUGGAGGAAAUGACCAGAAAACAGCCUGAUGUAGACAAGGUUACAAAGACACACAAAAGGAAAGCAGCUGAAUCUGGUCCAAUCCAGUCUCAUAUUCCUGUACUGGAUAAAGGAAGAGGAGGAAGAAAGCGUUCUCCAACACCAAGUAUGUAUCCUUCAGGUGCGCAGGCCCAGAUUGAAACCAAGAAUCCACAGGUGAACCUCUUAGUCAGCAAGUGGCAGCAAGUCUGGCUUCUGGCUCUGGAAAGAAGAAGGAAACUUAACGACGCUUUAAACCGAUUAGAGGAGCUGAGGGAAUUUGCCAACUUUGAUUUUGAUAUUUGGCGGAAAACGUAUAUGCGCUUGAUGAACCAUAAGAAAUCUCGAGUAAUGGACUUCUUUAGGAGGAUAGAUAAAGAUCAGGACGGAAAGAUCACAAGGCAGGAAUUCAUUGAUGGGAUUCUUUCUUCAAAAUUUCCUACUAGUCGAUUGGAAAUGAGCGCAGUAGCAGAUAUCUUUGACAGAGAUGGUGAUGGAUAUAUUGACUAUUAUGAAUUUGUAGCAGCGCUUCAUCCAAACAAGGACGCAUACAAGCCUGAGACAGAUGCAGACAAAAUUGAAGAUGAGGUGACGAGGCAGGUAGCAAAAUGUAAAUGUGCAAAGCGAUUCCAAGUGGAGCAGAUUGGUGACAACAAAUACAGAUUCUUCCUGGGAAAUCAGUUUGGUGAUUCCCAGCAACUCCGUCUUGUCCGUAUUCUGCGGAGCACUGUUAUGGUUCGAGUCGGAGGUGGAUGGAUGGCGCUAGAUGAGUUCUUAGUGAAAAAUGAUCCCUGCAGAGUUCAUCAUCAUGGGAGUAAAAUGUUACGUUCGGAAUCAAACUCUUCAAUUACCACUCAGCCUACUAUAGCAAAAGGGAGGACAAACAUGGAGCUUCGUGAGAAGUUCAUUCUGGCAGAUGGAGCCAGCCAAAGCAUGGCUGCCUUCCGACCAAGAGGGCACAGAUCACGACCUUCAUCAAGGGGUGCUUCACCCAACAGAUCCACGUCUGUGUCCAAUCCACCGGCCCAAGGAGCUCCAAUACCAGCCAUUGCUGCCAGCACACCCAAGACACCCCAUCAUUUAACACGCAACUAUGGUAAACCAUGGUUGAUAAACAGCAAAACGUCAUCUCCUUGUAAACCACCAGAGUGCUCUGAAUAUCAAGUGUCAUCCACAGAGGGGACUCCAAUACAAGGGAGUAAACUUAGGUUGCCAGGAUAUCUGUCAGGGAAGGGUUUCCACUCUGGAGACGACAGUGGCCUAAUUUCAACAGCAGCAACAAGAGUCAGGGCACAUUUUGCAGAAACCAGGAAAACACCAAGCAGGCCUGGAAGUCGGGCAGGGAGCAAGGCUGGUAGCCGAGCCAGCAGCCGUCGGGGCAGUGACGCAUCUGACUUUGACAUUUCAGAAAUCCAGUCUGUGUGUUCAGACGUGUCAGAGACUGUUCAUACCCCAAUCAGGCCAACACCCCGACCGAAUUCUCGGUCAGCGACCGGCAAGCCUUCCAAAAUUCCAACUCCACAAAGAAGAUCUCCUGCCAGAAAAUUAGAAAAGUCCUCCAAGAGAUAAUGUGAUAUUGGCUGAUCCAGGUCUUCUUUUUCCUGUGCAUUAAAUAUUUAAGUUUGUAAGAUGUAAAAUAUUCUGUAGAAAUUAUUGUGAAAUAUUAUGAGAGUUGGAUUUUUAAUUUUGCAGAUGGCCUUAUUUGUGUAUUUGUCUUGUUUAUUUUAUGUGUAUAGUUUUUGUCAGAUUUUGUUUUGUUUGUUUAUGCCAUAUCCUAUGUGAACAGGAGAAAGUUUUUUUUAAUGUAAACUAACGAUUGUUUGCAGUAACAUGUAGAGAGAUCACUAAAAGCAAUUACUGAAUGUACAGUUAAGUCUUUGUGUCCCAAGUCAACAAGGCCUGCCUAUCGCUUCAUCAUUAACAGUAAAGGAUACCUCAUAACUUUGUCUUAAUACAAAUGAAAAAGACAAAAGGCAAAAUUAUGCAUUUUGAGCUUACAGAGUGGACACUAAAAGGCACGUGGCAGGGAUGUUAAGACAUGGAAGACACAGCUCACAUUGCAGUUAAUUAAACAGCAUCUUCCAGAGAAUUCACGGAGAAAGUUACUUAAAGAGCACUUGCCAGUACUCUAAUACUCCAAUAUGUUGCAGCAUUUUCUGUGCCAUUGCUUUAAAACAGAGCAGACACAAUCUGGAUAAAACAAUUAAUACACUUGCAUCAGAAUGCUAGUAUAAUCCGCAUUCAUGUCAAUGUGAGGUUUUCUUUUGCUUGGGUGGAUGAUAGCACUGUAUCAUUGGACUCAUUUUAUAUUAAAGCAGUUUUGCUUGCAAAAAGGAAAGGAAAAAAGUCUAUAAAAUAAAUCUUGUCCCUUCUCUUUGUUAGUAUUGUAUUCCUUAUAUUCCAGGAAGAUACAUGUUCUGUGUCAUGUUUACAUCAUACAUGAUCUGAAGGAUCCAAACCAUUACUUUCAGGACAAAAUUUAUUGUAAUUUGUUCCCAUUCUCCAUCACAUUUCAAGCAAUUCCUGUAUUCCUUUAAUAAAAUAACUUUUACAUAAUAUGUUAAACACAAU